CGUGACGGUGACUCCUCUCCAGUCAGCUGAUAAAAGUCGGUUGUUUGUCGACAAGAAGCUGUUCUGCUCAGUCAUUGUAGUUGUUCAUGGUUUCUGUGGUCCUGCGACUAUCACAAUGAGGAGUUUAUUCCUGUUCGUUUUCGCGGCUUUGGCUCUGACCAACGACGCUCUUGUCCGAAUCCCCUUAAAGAAAUUCCGUUCGAUCAGACGUGAGCUGACAGACUCGGGGAAGAGAGCAGAGGAGCUUCUGGCCGACAAACAGUCCCUUAAGUACAACCUCGGCUUCCCGAGCAGCAAUGGACCCACUCCAGAAACCCUGAAGAACUACCUUGAUGCUCAGUAUUACGGUGAGAUCGGCCUGGGAACCCCCCCUCAGCCCUUCACUGUGGUGUUUGACACCGGUUCCUCCAACCUGUGGGUUCCCUCCGUUCACUGCUCCCUGUUAGACAUCGCAUGCUUGCUUCACCACAAAUAUAACUCUGCUAAGUCCAGCUCAUACGUGAAGAACGGUACUGCCUUCGCCAUCCAGUAUGGAACCGGCAGUUUGUCAGGAUACCUCAGUCAGGACACAUGCACAAUCGGGGACAUAUCGGUUAAAAGCCAGCUCUUCGGGGAGGCCAUUAAGCAGCCCGGCGUGGCCUUCAUCGCAGCCAAGUUCGACGGGAUCCUCGGCAUGGCCUACCCACGCAUCUCUGUGGACGGCGUGGCGCCGGUCUUUGACAACAUCAUGAGUCAGAAGAAGGUGGAGCAGAACGUCUUCUCCUUCUACCUGAACAGGAACCCGGACACCGAGCCCGGCGGUGAGCUGCUGCUGGGAGGAACUGACCCCAAGUACUACACCGGAGAAUUUAACUACGUUAACAUCACCCGCCAGGCCUACUGGCAGAUCCACAUGGACGGGAUGGCCGUGGGCAGCCAGCUGAGUCUGUGUAAGAGCGGCUGUGAGGCCAUCGUGGACACCGGGACGUCUCUGAUCACCGGCCCCGCCACGGAGGUCAGAGCCCUGCAGAAGGCCAUCGGAGCCACUCCGCUCAUCCAGGGAGAGUACAUGGUGAACUGUGACAAGAUCCCGUCGCUGCCCGUCAUCACCUUCAACUUGGGCGGAAAGCCUUACACUCUGACCGGAGAGCAGUACGUCCUCAAGGUGACCCAGGCUGGAAAGACGAUUUGUUUGAGUGGCUUCAUGGGUCUGGACAUCCCUCCCCCCGCUGGGCCCCUGUGGAUUCUGGGAGAUGUAUUCAUCGGCCAGUACUACACCGUCUUUGACCGAGAGAACAACAGGGUGGGCUUUGCCAAGUCCAAAUAAGCACAUCCUGCAUGCGAGCAAAGCUAAAAGUCCAAGUUUUGGAAGACGAAAGUCUGUGCUGCACACGUUUUCUGUUGCUUUGCAAUCAAACAGUAUUUAGCAAUAGAUUUUGUGUAGAGUCGAAAUGCACUGAUCUGAAGUUUUUACGAUUUCUUGCAGAGAGUGAGAAACAGCAGAUUUGAUACGUUGUGUGAUGUGUUGUGUGUAUUUGAUCAGGGAUCAGUUGACUGUAUCGGUAGUGACCUUUUCAAACAUCAAACAUCUUUUAGUGAACUUUUUUUUUUUUUUUUUUUUUAAAUCAGGGACCUGUUUUAAACAGAACGAUUUUAAUUUGCAUUUUAGGGUGAAGCUUGUGGACCUUUGGGAUGUAUGUUAAUGUGAUUGGCCUGAAUAAACACUUUUAAAAAGA